AUGGCGGGCCGAGGCACUCCGUUCAGCCCGGAGCCGUCGUCACGGUCCGAGUAUGGCGAGGAGUGGGCGCACGACCUGCGCGUCCGCUUCGAGGGCCUGUUGCGGGACAAGCGCAUGAAUGAGCUGCGCUCCUGCUCUCGCCAUCACACUCCCGAACCUGGUCACGCCGACCUCGCCCAAAGAGCAUCGAGCGCCGACCUGCGCGGCCAUGCUUCGUUUAACGACUCUCGACCCGCGACCUCUCACGGAUCUGCGGCGACCCCUCCCUCCUACUCGUGCAUCAGACAUCUGCCCAAGAUCCCGACAGCCCCCGCCGCCGGCGAUCGCGACUCUCAAAAGUUUCGCAACCUCCUAAUCAGCUUGUCAUUGACACCAACCAAGUACGAGAACCCCGGGCUGUUAGAUGAGGCGCUCCAAACAAUCCCUCUGGAUCGCAUCUAUGGCGAGGCAGAGGAGGAAAGCCAGGUUCUACAGGCCGAGGCCGAGAGCAUGGGCGACGGCCGCAAACCUGAGUGGGGAUAUCAAGAUUGUGUGAUUAGGGCACUUCUCCGAUGGUUCAAGCGAUCGUUCUUCACAUGGGUCAACAACCCGCCAUGCCCCGUGUGCCUGUCGCCAACCAUUGCCCAAGGCAUGACAGCCCCGACGCCAGAGGAGAGUGCAUGCGGUGCUUUACGUGUCGAACUUUACCGAUGCUCGGCCCAGAACUGCGGCGCAUACGAACGCUUCCCCCGAUACGGCGAUGUCUGGAGGCUGCUGCAGACCCGUCGAGGAAGAGUCGGAGAGUGGGCCAAUUGCUUCAGCAUGCUGUGCCGCGCUGUCGGUGGCAGGGUCCGUUGGAUAUGGAACGCCGAGGACCACGUCUGGACCGAGGUGUACUCGGACCAUCAGAAGCGAUGGGUGCAUGUCGACGCCUGCGAAGAGGCCUGGGACAACCCACGUCUGUACACAGAAGGCUGGGGAAAGAAGAUGUCGUACUGUGUCGCCUUUUCGAUCGACGGAGCGACUGAUGUUACUCGACGAUACGUCCGCAACAACGAGUCCGCCAACGAACGCAAUCGAUGCCCCGAGGAGGUCAUGCUCUACGUCAUGCAGGAGAUCAAGAACAUCCGGCGUGCCAACAUGGGCAAGGACGAGCGUUUCCGACUUGAGAAGGAGGACCAACGGGAGGACCAGGAGCUGCGAGGCUACGUCGUCGCCUCCAUCGCCCAAGCCGUCACCGACCUGGUGCCCGGCGCGUCGAGCUCCUCGGCAGGCAGCCGGUCCAACGGCACGCCCAGCCGAGAUGUCAAGAUGCCUGCCGAGCAGCCCAGCCGGCAGACUGGCUCGGCGGAAUGGAUGGCGGCGCAGCAGAAUGCACGCAGCCGACAGUUCCAGCCGCCCCGCGGCCCCGACCAGCACUAA